AUGUUGGCAGUCAGAGAUGAUGGUCCCAACCCACUGACACAUCGAAAUCGAGACGUAAUUGGCCAAGUGGGCUCAAAUGACAUCGACAACCAAAUUGAGCGAUUAAUGCGAUGUGAGGUGCUUCUGGAACACGAAGUCAAAACGCUAUGCGUUAAAGCCCGAGAGAUUCUUGCCGAGGAAGGAAACGUGCAAGUCAUCGAUACACCUGUCACGAUCUGCGGCGAUAUCCACGGCCAAUUCCACGAUCUGCGCGAACUUUUCAAAGUUGGCGGCCCUCCACCCGACACCAAUUAUCUAUUCCUCGGUGACUACGUGGAUAGAGGAUAUAAUUCUGUGGAGACCUUCAUCCUCCUGAUCGCCCUCAAGUGUCGCUAUCCUGACCGCAUCAUGCUCAUCCGUGGAAACCAUGAAUCCCGUCAGAUCACACAAGUCUAUGGAUUCUACGAUGAAUGUCUCCGGAAGUACGGUAACGCCUCCGUCUGGAAACACUGCGUCGAUCUGUUCGACUAUUUGGCGCUGGCCGCCGUUAUCGAUGGGAAAGUGUUCUGUGUGCACGGAGGAUUGUCGCCGACUUGUCCGACUAUCGAUGAGAUUCGCAGUAUAAAUCGACAGCAGGAGGUACCGCACGAAGGAUCGAUGUGUGAUUUGAUGUGGUCGGAUCCGGAGGAUUCAAUGAAAGGAUGGACGUUCAGUCCACGUGGAGCCGGAUAUCUGUUCGGUCCGGAGCCCGCCGAGUUGUUCUGCGACACGAAUGGAAUCGAUCAGAUCUGUCGAGCACAUCAGCUGGUGAUGGAGGGAUUCAAGUUUCAUUUCGACAAGAGAGUCGUCACCGUCUGGUCGGCACCCAAUUAUUGUUAUCGAUGCGGAAACGUUGCUGCAAUCAUGCAAUUCACCGAAGACAACACCACGGAGCCAAAUUUCAUCACAUUCGACGCGGCGCCUCAGGAGGACAGAGGAUACGCUCAGAGACAUCCGCUUCCCGACUAUUUUCUCUGA